AUGCGGCACAUCCGAGUGCGUCGCAAGAUUAGCGGCACAUCGGAGCGCCCGCGUCUGUCGGUGUAUCGCAGCCUUAACCACGUGUACGCGCAGGUGAUCGACGACAGCCAAGGCGUGACGCUUACUUCAGCUUCGAGUCUCAAGGACGACAAGAACAAGGUAAAUGUCGCUGAGCUAGUAGGCAGCCUCCUUAGCGAGCGCGCAAAAGAAAAAGGCGUCAGCCAAGUCGUUUUUGACAGGGGCGGCUACAGGUACCAUGGCCGCGUCAAGGCGCUGGCGGAUGCAGCCCGUAAGGGAGGAUUGGUGUUUUAG